AUGGUUCCAACGGAAAUCUUGGUGCGUGGGACCGAAGCAGUGGAAGCUUUUAAUGAUGCUCUAGCUGAGGGAGAAACAGAGGUUAAUCAGGGAAGGACAGUUUUCACGGGCCUCGAGAGAGUCGGGAAGACAUCUACUAUCAAGUCAUUUUUAAGGAAUACUUUUGAUCCAUAUGAGGGUAUUACGGACGCAAUUGCCAACACAAUGGUGUGUACCCAUGAAUCACACAAUGAAUUGAAUUGGAAGGAAACAUCACCUGAUCAUUCUGGUGCCAAUGACAUGUAUGAAGCAAUAAUGGCAGAUUCCAUGGCGAAAAGGAUAUUAAAAAAAGAAUCGGAGAAGAAUGUAGAAGUAACAGGACAAAGCGAGUCACCAUCAGCUAAAAAAGAGAGGAAAUAUAAUCAGGGACAAUCAUCAUCAAAUGUUGAUGCCAGAAACCUGAAAAUAGAAUCAGAUACCAAAGAGCAGACACAGGCACAAUCGAUAGAAGAGGUCCCUGAAACCAUCGCUACUAAAGUCCAGGAGCGUAUAAAAGAACUCAAGUUCACAAAAGGAGAUGCGACGCAAGAAUUGCAAAAAUCUGGCAAAGAUUUCAUUAUGAGCAUCUGGGACUUCGGAGGCCAGCCAAUAUAUCAUGUGAUACAACGAAUUUUUAUGGUAUCUUUUGCCGUUGUUUGUGUGGUAUUUAACCUAGAAGAUGAUCUUGACGCCCCCGCCAAAGUUAGGGAUCCAACCACUGGUGAUAUAUACGAACAUCGAAUGACAAACCUUGAGUUCAUUCUGUACUGGAUUCGUUCAGUAUAUACCAACAGUAGGGAUUCAAAAUUGGAAGAUGGACAACCUUCACCACCAGUACUAGUGAUUGGUACUCACCUAGGCAGCCUCGAGGGGAAUGAAGAGGAAAAGAAAAGAAAGGCCGAAGAAAUAUUCAAUAAAAUUAGGAAAGCAUUGGAAGGGAAACCUUAUGAAAGCAUGGUGUCAAGUUUCUUUGCUAUUGAGAACAGCUUACCAUUUGCCAGGAGCAACGCUUCCAACAUCAUGAACCAAAUUUUAAAGUUUGCAAAGCAGAUGGUUAGAAAACUACCAUUGAAAUGGUUGCGUGUUCAACAGGAAAUUCAGAAGUUGAAGGUGAAGAAUAUCUAUUUACCAACCAAUGAGGUGAUUGCUUUGCUUGAGCAGUGUAGGGUGAAACAAGGUGCUCAAAGGGUGCUGCUUGAGUAUUUACAUGACCUUGGUGAGAUUCUCUACUUUCCUGAUGACGACGCUCUAAAGGACAUCAUUGUUUUAGAUCUGAUGAAAAUAGUCGACAUGUUUAAAACAAUAAUAACCAUUAUUGAGCCUAAACUUAGGAAACCAAAGCACAGAAAGGCCUGGAGGAGGUUGGACUCGGGUAUCCUAGAGGAGCAUCUUUUGAGACACCUCUGGAAGGAGUUCAAUUUUUCAGAUAAGACGUUUGACUUCUUUGUAUCUCUCAUGCAGAAGUUUGGACUGGUGUGCGAAAGAAAGGUACACUAGUAUUUUUGAAUAUUAUUUUUAUCUUUCUAUUGGAGCCUGUUUCAUUACAUCAAUU